CCGACUCGCCACUCCUACUAUAGAAGGAGCUAGGGCGGGAGAUGGGGCUCAGGCACGCCUGGCUUAGGGAAUAGCCGCUGUAUCCAUCCCCGGUCUCAGUGAUCUCCCACUCCCCCGCUCCAGCCCACUGUGGGGAGUUCCCACGCUCUCUCCCCAGCCCAGCGGCAGUGGUGGGAACGCGUCCUCCCGGCAGCAGGCUUGUGUGUUUCCUCUUCCCCGGAGCCGCCCCCUCCCCAGCCCUGGGAUCAGCAGCGCCGCCGCGGCUGUAACAAUCCCUGCGUGCCCUGGAUGGGAUCCUGUCAGGGUAUAUCGGGCUGCACAAAAUGCCGGCUAAGAGCAGGUACAACCUGGUGGAUGACGGGCAGGACCUGCGGAUCCCGUUGCACAAUGAGGAGGCUUUCCAGCACGGGAUCUGCUUCGAGGCCAAGUUUAUUGGGAGCUUGGAUGUUCCACGUCCUAACAGCCGAGUGGAAAUUGUGGCAGCCAUGAGACGAAUACGGUAUGAAUUCAAAGCAAAGAACAUCAAGAAGAAGAAAGUGAACCUCUUUGUGUCUGUCGAUGGAGUGAAGGUUGUCCUAAAGAAGAAAAAGAAGAAAAAGGAGUGGGCCUGGGAUGAAAGCAAGAUGCUUAUCAUGCAAGAUCCUAUUUACAGAAUAUUUUAUGUGUCUCAUGACUCCCAAGAUCUCAAGAUCUUCAGCUACAUAGCCAGGGAUGGGUCCAGUAAUGUUUUCCGGUGCAAUGUCUUCAAAUCCAAGAAAAAGAGCCAAGCCAUGCGAGUGGUUCGGACUGUAGGCCAAGCAUUCGAGGUGUGUCACAAGCUGAGCUUGCAGCAUACCGAGCAGGGUGGAGAUGGACGAGAAGAUGAUGAGAGCGAGAAGAGCAAUGAUGACUCUGGUGUCCCAGUGACACAUAUAGUUGCCACUGUGGACCACAAUGCUGAUGAGACAGAUAUAGAUGCACUGGAUAUUCCUCUUCCCGGAGACCAGGGUCCUGCGUUUAGCCGUGGAGUUACCGAUUUGGAUGCUGUGACUCGAGAUAGUGACCGUCCUGAUGAAAAGAGGGAACAAGUUCUUACUGCCUCCCCCAAGAUGUUGCUCCCCUCUGGUAGCCACGUAGCCCCUGGAACUCCUUUAUCUAUUCACCACCAAAUACAGCUCCUCCAGCAGCAGUUGCAGCAGCAACAGCAGCAGACACAAGUGGCUGUGGCUCAGGUCCAUUUGCUUAAAGACCAGUUGUCUGCUGAAGCUGCUGCCAGGCUUGAGUCUCAGGCCAGAGUCCAUCAGCUGCUUUUGCAGAACAAGGACUUACUACAGCACAUCUCCCUACUGGUCAAACAGGUGCAGGAGCUGGAGUUCAAGUUGUCUGGAAAGAACGACACGGGAUCUCAAGACAGCCUCUUGGAAAUCACGUUCCGUUCCAGUGUCCUUCCAGUGCUUUGUGACCCUUCAACACCACAACCGGAAGAUCUACCCCCAUUGACUGAACCCGAUCCUUCCUUCCAGCUGGGCAGCCCGUUAGGUAGGACAGACUGCCUGGUGAAGGUGCAAUGUUAUCGCUUUAUUCCAGGGGAAGGGUCAGGGGAACUGCUGGGCAGCCUGGAGCUUUAUAGGUUUAGAGAAUCUGGCAUUGCUUCAGAGUAUGAAUCCAACACUGAUGACAGUGAGGAGAGGGAGUCCUGGCAGGAUGAGGGUGGCAGGCUGGCACAUGUCUUGCAUAGAGACAUGCUGGGGGACAGCCUGGAGGAUGAGAUUGCUGUUUGAACAUAUACAGGUGGAGGGAAUGUGAACAUUGGGAAAUGUGAUGACUAAAUCAUGUAUUUGUGAUGUCAGGAGUGUCUACUGUGUUUAUACCCCAUUUGUGAUAUCCGCACUGUUGGUUAUAUUUUUGUACCAUGUGUAAUUUACAAAGGCAGCUGGAUUUGUACAUAUCAAUGAUAUUGUGACAGAUGUUUUCACUACACUGUGUCCAUUCUGUAGGAAGUCUCUGGUUUAUGCUAUUGACUGUAUAGUGUUGUAUGGGCAGUAGAUCUGUAAAUUUGUAAUGUAACUUGAUAGCCAAUAGCUUAAGUUUAACUCCAGGGAUGUCUUUUCCUUCCCCUGUAAUCACAUACACUGCGAUGUGGAGAGCAUCUAGGGAACAUUUGUAGAGCGGUCGGGUGUGUUUUUAGGAAGAAACAAAGGUAGACAUAUCCUUUAUAUACAAGGCAAAAGAUUUAUGCAAGGAAUACAUUUACAUUAAGCACAGUUCACCUUUAAUGCUGAAAAAUAUAAUCCUGCUGGGGGUGUAUCUUAGGUUUUGGGGAAAUCUCGCCCAUGCACACACACUUAUGCCAUCAUUUACAUCAGAACCAAGGAAUGCUACUGUACAUUGCACAAACUGAAAUAACACAACUCACGUAUGAUAUCAUCCAGUGGUGUUUAAAUAACCUAAAAAUAAAGCUAGGGAAUUGCACUAAAUCAGACCUAUUCAAGUGACCAACAAUAACAAU